UUCCAUACUUUCCAUUUGGCUGGCAGCUCGCUUCCGUCUAGAUCAAAUUUCGUUUCAAAAAAUUUCUUGAUUUGUUUUAAUUCAACCAAAAAAAUGGUGGUAACUCGCAGUGCAGCAAAAUUAAAGCAAAGCGAAGGGCCCUCGGCCGCGGCACAAAAGCAAGUCAAGACUCCCGAACCGAAGGCCCCAGCCAGUCCGCCUGUUCAGAAGCGAGGGGCAGCAGCCAAGCGUCGUCCUGCUCCCAAAAAGGAUGUGAAGGAGCUCCAGGUGGCCCGUCAGUCGCUACGCGAAGCAAUGAAUCUCCUGGCCGAAAAAACAUCUAACGUCGAGGAGGAAACUGCCAAGGAAAAAAACCAGAAGGGGGGAAAAAAAUUGGUUGCCCCAAAGGCCGAUAAAGAAAUUCCAACUUCCCAGAAUGGAAAAGCUGCCGCCAAACAGCCAGAUCCAUCCACUGCCACCGAUCAGAAGCCAACUAAAAAGCCCAUUAAAAAGAAGACGACUAGGAAGCCAAGGACCAAGGCUACUUCGCCAGUCAAAAGCUCCGAUGAGGAAAACAAACCAGUCCGGACAAGUGCGGGCUACCUGACCAUCUCGGAUCAGUCUCCUCGGAGGGAACCCUCCAUAAAUCUGACCAAAGUCAGAUCGAACAUCAAGCAACAGCCGCUGAAGCCUCAAGCCGAUGGCAAGCGUAAAAACUAAAUAUUGGGAGAAACUAUAUAGAAUCGGUUGGAAAUGUACAUGGUUACCUUCAAUUUUUGUUUCGUUACUUGAUUUCUUGUUAUAUUUUCUGUUAUAUUUCAAAAUUUCGUUUUUUAAAUGCAAUGUUUACAUGUUACUAGCAUUUUACACCUCGUUUUAUGCGACAUUUAGUAACCAAAGACAUACAAUUAA